AUGUCCAACUACAGACCAUAUACCGGUGGCAACCAAGGCCAAGGAUUUAUUCAAGAUAGUUUUAGUAGCGAUACUGGAGCAACUAAGAAAAUUACCAACCACACUUUACGUCCAGUGACCAUCAAGCAGCUUCUUUCUAUACCGCGUACUAACUCUGAUGGAGAUUACAAGAUUGAUGGGCAUGAUCUGGGACAGAUCACUUUAAUUGCAGUAGUUAGAGUGUUUGUUCGUCAAGCAACACAGCAUAUAUACCAUAUUGAAGAUGGAACGGGAGAAAUUGACGGGAAAAGAUUCACUGUAGACGAUGAAGACCCUGCAGAAUAUGACAACAUAGUUGAAGGUACAUAUGUUCGCAUUGUUGGGAACCUCAAGGAAUAUCAGCAGCGUCUCAGCGUCAACGUUCACUCUAUUCGUCCUAUUAAGGACAAAAAUGAGAUUACAUAUCAUCUAUUGGAAGUCAUAUAUACUCAUGUGAACUUCACAAGGAGCAAGAUUGGUGGGACGAAUAUGAACAAUAUGGGAAUGAUGAUGCCCACUUCGCAGAAUAACUUCAAUAACCAUAGCUCUGCUGGUGUGGAUGGAUUAUCAGUGAAGACUGGAGACCUUCCUCAGAAGAUUGCCGAAAUGUUUCAGAAUCGUCCAAACAAAGAUGUCUCAGUACAUCGUCGUGAUAUUAUCAGCAAAUUUGCACCUGUCGUUGGUAGUGCUGAAGCAGUCAACAAUGUCGUCGAGAGUAUGAUUCAAAAUGGAUUUGUGUAUACUGUUGAAGAUGAUGACCACCUGCAAUUCACAUAUUAA